CACAUGCCUCUUGCCUUCUGUGACUUCACUUUCUGUUUCUGGUUUUAGGGAUAGAGAAUGGCAGUGCCAAGGCGGCGAAAUGGUCUGAUCGACGAAGACGAAGACGCUCUAUUCGAAGAGGAAGGCGGCGAUUUGGUGCUCGAACCCGAUUCUGACACACCUCCCCAUCUCCGCGACCUCGCCACCGCCGCCGAGCUCGGCGACGUCAACGCCCUUCGCCAUGCCCUAGAUAAUUUGAGGGGUAACAUUGACGAGCCAGUGGAAGAUGGGGACACAGCUCUUCAUCUGACUUGUCUCUACGGCCAUCUGCCUUGCGUCCAGCUAUUGUUGGAGAGAGGAGCUUCUUUGGAGGUUAAGGAUGAAGACGGGGGAACUCCUUUGCAUGAUGCUUGUGCUGGAGGAUAUACAGAGGUAGUCCAACUUCUAAUCAGCAGCGCUAAUGAUCCAGAGUGUGUGAAAAGAAUGCUAGAAUCAGUGGAUGUAGAAGGUGACACUCCUCUUCAUAAUGCGGCAAGAGGUGAGCAUCUAAAUGUUAUAAGAUUCUUGCUGGUUAAUGGAGCUUCUCCUGUGAAGACAAAUAUCUCUGGAAAGGCGCCGAGCGAGCUAGCUGACCCAGGCACAGAAGCUCGGAGAAUUUUGGAAGCUGCGGCUGGUGCUGUGGCAUGCCAGUAGGCAUACUUGCUGGAAUGUUGAAUUUUGCUAUGGCUGUGUUCCUGCCAUUGUCUUUUUUGGGCUUUCUGCAGUAGGUAGUUUACAUUAUAAUUUCUAUAAAAUUUUAUCAGAAUUUGGUUAUCAAAUGGUUUUUAGAACCUUGGUUGAGGAAAUAUGGGAGAUAGGCUGUCCAUGAAUGCAAUAUGAAAGUUUUUAAGCAUAAUCUGUUGUAUGGAUUUUAUUGAAACAAGAUCUAUAUAGAACGCUUCCACUACCGAA